CUCCUGUUGUACUCCUUCCUACCCAACUCGCUCCCCAUUUCUCCCCGCCUAGGGUUUUCUUCCCUCCCAAAACCUCCACCGCGGCCAUGGCCAAGAUCAAGCAAGGGAAGAAGGACGUCGACUCCUACACCAUCCGCGGCACCACCAAGGUCGUCCGAGUGGGCGACACCGUGCUGAUGCGGCCGUCGGACACCGACAACCAGCCGUACGUGGCGCGGAUCGAGGGCAUGGAGACGGACGGCCGCGGCAGCGUGCGGGUCAAGGUGCGCUGGUACUACCGCCCCGAGGAGUCCAAGGGCGGCCGCCGCCAGUUCCACGGCGCCAAGGAGCUCUUCCGCUCCGACCACCAGGACACGCAGAGCGCGCACACCAUCGAGGACAAGUGCGUCGUCCACUCAUUCAAGGAAUACACCAAGCUCAACAAUGUGGGGGCCGAGGACUUCUUCUGCCGAUUUGACUACAAUGCCGCCUCGGGCGCCUUCACCCCUGACCGUGUCGCCGUCUACUGCAAGUGCGAGAUGCCCUACAACCCAGAUGAUCUCAUGGUGCAGUGUGAUGCGUGCAAGGACUGGUUUCAUCCAUCUUGUGUGGAGAUGACCAUUGAGCAGGCCAAAAAACUAGAUCACUUCAUGUGCUCAGACUGUGCUGAAGAAAAUGAUGAAAAGAAACCUUCAAAUGGAUAUGAACCAAAUGAGCUUAAGGCUGAACCCAAAAGACAGAGGAGGUAAUCCACUCUGACGGCAAACAUCUAUCGUUGAAUCUCUGUCAGCCCUUGCUGCUGCGAAGGUCGAGGUGUACAGUGCAAGAGAAAAGUGUUUGCAGAACUCGUGCUUCGUUGUUAACGUGUCGACCAUUAUGUUGUGAUCGUCUGGAAUAGUUUUGCUCAGUUUAGUCUUAUAUGGCAUGCUGUUCUAUUGUGUGCCGGUCGUUUGGUAGGGGAAAGAAUAUCAGUGAUGAUUUACCAUCUUAGAUCAUGCGCUUUGUGUGUGUUAACUUGAUUCCUUUUCCUUGUCACUGAUAAUUUAAUUCUCAUGUAGUCUUUUAGAUUUAUAUUUAUAUAAUUGCCGAGUCAUACAUGAAA